CAUUUCAGCCAAAGUCAUAUAACCUAUCUAAAGAAUGAGAAGCUGGAUUGUACUGCUGGCUAUUGUAGUCAGCACAGCAGAAACACAAACCCAGGACGUCUGCACCCAAGGGUAUCCUGGCAUCCCUGGCAAUCCUGGGCACAAUGGCUUACCUGGUCGUGAUGGGCGUGACGGGUCCAAAGGAGACAAGGGAGAUGCAGGUGAACCAGGAGUUCCCGGCAGUCCAGGAAAAGAUGGUGUCAAUGGAGAAAAAGGUGAACAAGGAACCAAUGGGACUGUUGAAGAGAAGGGCAACAAAGGAGAUAAAGGAGAAAGAGGACCACCUGGGAAACUGGGACCAAAAGGAUUUAUAGGAUCAGUGGGUUACAAAGGUCAGAAGGGAGAGCUGGGAUUGCCAGGACAAAAGGGGUUAAAAGGAGACAUUGGACCCAUAGGUCCAAAAGGGACAAAGGGUGAAAUUGGCCAUCCUGGAAGAGUUGGUUUCCCGGGGCCAAUUGGCCCGAUUGGUAAUCCAGGUCCUAAAGGUAAUACUGGAGCUAUAGGGCCACAGGGUAAUCCAGGAGUCCAGGGGGAAAGAGGCUUGAAAGGAGACAGAGGAGACAAGGGGAACGUAGGUGCCCCAGGAGUGCUGCCAAGGAGUGCUUUCAGUGUUGGUCUUACAGCCAACACCAAGUUUCCCCCUCCGAAUCGCCCGAUCAGGUUUGACAAGGUGCUAUAUAACAGUCUGAAUGACUUCAACUCAGCUACUGGCAAGUUCACCUGCAAACACCCCGGUGUUUACUACUUCACCUACCACAUCACCGUCUACUCGAGGAACGUGCGGGUAGCUCUCGUUAAGAACGGCAUCAAGAUGCUGCACACGGUGGACAGGUACCAGAGCGGAGAGGACCAGGCCUCGGGAGCCACCAUCCUCGAGCUGCAGGGAGGAGACGAGGUGUGGCUGCAGGCGCACCAAGGAGAGGCGUUCAACGGGCUCUUUGCAGACGGCGAUGACGACACCACCUUCUCUGGGUUCCUCCUGUUCAGCACCGCUGACCCGCCGGAGCCACUGCUGCCGCCCACCCCGUAACUCCGCCUUAUCGCUGCAUGCUGCAGGCCCGCGCCCUUCAGCCCUCCCUGAGAAAGCUGUUAGCUGCUGGACAACUCCUGCUGGAUCCAACAGAAAAUGGUUGGUUUCAGGAACAGCUUCUGCACUAGAGAGGACAAGUCUUCAGAACCUACAGUGCUGGGCUUAACGCAUUCGUGGUUUGGUGACUUACUGUAGGCAUUCACAGGGGUGUGUACGCCAGUCCUGAAGAAAAAGUGUAAAGCAAAGUAGGAUAAAAUAAAAGACAAAAGUUCCGGAAUUAUGUCGUGUGGGACAUCUUGUACAAACCAGAAGCAACAGUUACUUCCAAGAGAGUUUAUAGCUUGCAAUGUGGCAUGUGUAGAUGGACAUGAAACUCAGUUUGCAUCUGGCCACUGUAAAGUAAUGUUUAAACUUGGAAUUAGUGUAAUUUGAUACCUCUACAGAAGCUGCUUGCUGUGUGGUGCAAUGGAGUUUCAUUGUUUCGUUUACAGCUUUUAAAUAUGGUUCUUUGCUCCCUGUGCAGUCACAGGUCUGAAAUUGAGCAAACUGGAGGGAUAUGAGGAAGUGCCACGUGGAUUCUCCACGUGGAUGUGGGCAGAUAUUCAAGGCCAGUGCAAAAAUACAGCAUAAAGCUGCUGUACUUCAGAAUUAGCUGGUGCAAAAAAAAUUCUCCCAGAUUAAAGAUGAUACUUAAUGAACACA